AUGUGGCGACCGUGGGCAAGGAAGGGUGCUCCAAAGGUGCCCAAGCCAAUGAAAGGACCGAUACACAUAUAUUACCAGCUUGAAAAUUUCUACCAGAAUCAUCGCCGGUACGUGAAGAGUCGUAACGACAAGCAGUUGCUGUACAAGGAUGCUGCGAGCACGAUAACAAACUGUGAGCCUGAAGCCACCAGUGAAGACGGCGGCGCGCCCAUCGUGCCCUGCGGCCUCAUCGCCUGGAGCUUGUUCAACGACACCUACUCGUUCUCUCUCAACAAGAAGGCCGUCGAGGUGAACAAGAAGAACAUUGCCUGGGACAGCGACAAGAACAAAAAGUUUGGCAGCGAUGUUUUCCCCAGCAAUUUCCAGAAAGGCGGACUCAUCGGCGGUGCUAAACUGAACGAGAAAAUACCACUGAGUGAGCAGGAGGACCUCAUUGUCUGGAUGCGAACCGCGGCCCUCCCGACAUUCAGGAAGCUGUACGGCAGGAUCGAGUCGGACAUAAUGGCGAGCGACGAGAUCACGGUGGUGAUCCAGAACAACUACAACACUUACAGCUUCGGGGGAACGAAGGCGCUGGUGCUGUCCACCACGUCGUGGAUCGGCGGCAGGAACAACUUCAUCGGCGUCGCGUACGUCGCCAUCGGCGGCAUCUGCCUCUUCCUCGCCAUGGGCUUCGUCAUCCUCUACGUGAUUAAGCCGAGGGCCCUUGGAGACCCUAACUACUUGUCAUGGAACAAAGAAAACCCAGACCAUCCCAACUGA